AUGCCCGUCUCCAACUACUACACCGGAAGUAGCAGCAGCGCCUCCUCCGCCUCCUCCAUCGCCAACACCGCCUCACCGUACGCCUACAGCGCCUUCGCGCACAACCAGCCCUCCACGACGACGCCCAAGCCCACCUCGGCGCUGCUCUCCUUCCGAGACCGUCUCCUAAAGGCGUCCUCCUCCAAUCGAAACAACAGCAGCACCGUCACACCCAAACCGGAAACGGAGACAGAGAAGCUGACGAAGCAGCUGCAGGUGGCGCUGUUGUACCAGCAGCUGGCCGCCCUGCAGCAGUACCGAGCGCUGUACAGCGCUAGCAUUGGUGGAGGCGCCGGUGGAGGAGGGAUGGCCGGCGCAAAUGGCGUCUACAGCGGUGCCUAUGGCAGCGGCGACGGCAGUAUGGGCAGCAGCAGUCCCUCCGCCGCCUCCCUCUCCUCGCUGUACUCCAGCUACUACGGCAGUCCGGCGGCCGGCGGGGAAGAGGACGGAGGAGGAAGUGGACUAGCUAAUGGCGACAUCGGCUCCUCGGCCGCCGCCAGCAGCAUCAGCAGCAGCAGCAGCAGCGGCGGCAGCAGCGGAAGUGAGGAAGACUCAGCAUCAUCCUCCACCUCCUCCUCCACCUCGAGCUCCGAGCCGACACCGACUCCUGAGCAGUUGCAGGAGGCUAUCGCGCAGACCAUCGCCUACCGACAACAGCUGGCAAUGCUCGCCGCGAGAUUGCAGUCAGGCGGCGGCGGCGGAGGAGGAGAAGGUCAUAUGGGUGCUGCCAGCUCAAUGAUGGGCACUUCAAUGAUGGGAAGUGGUGCUGGUGGUGGUGGUGGUGGUGGUCACCAUCAUCACGGCGGUGGACUGAGCAGCAUGCUCGGCGUCGGCGCUGCAGGUGGCAGACCAGCUGGACCAACUGGAACGAUCUCCGCGAACAGUCCCCUGGCGAGUCUGUUUGGCGCUGGCACCAGCAUCACCAUCGGCUACCCGGCCAUGGGCUCACUCUUCAGAGGCAACGGAUACACGCCCUUUGGUGGUAUGGCCGGCGGCAGUCUGGGCAGCAGUCUCGCCAGCAGCAUGGCUGGAGGCGGUGGUGGCGGAGGCGUCGGUGGAGGUCUUCUAGGCAGCGGAAGUCCCUACUCUACGAGCCUCUACGGCUCGCAGAUGCCUGGGCUGA